GCCAUGACAACGGCGUUCAAAAUGAUCAAUUCGCCGACCUCGGUGGUCGAUGAGAUGCUGCGUGGCUUGGUGCACUCGUCCCCGGAUCUGUGCCUUGUCCCUGACUACCGAAUCGUCCUGCAUCGCGACUACAAUGACCUCAAGCAGCGCCAAGUAACCCUGUUGUCUGGAGGUGGAAGCGGCCACGAGCCAGCUCAUGCUGGAUACAUUGGACAUGGCAUGCUUACGGGGGUCAUCUGCGGUGACGUAUUUGCGUCCCCAAGUACCAAGCAGGUGUUGACUGCGAUUCGGCUGGCUGCGGGUCCCCACGGGUGUUUGAUUAUCGUCAAGAACUACACAGGCGAUCGACUGAACUUUGGCUUGGCUAUCGAAACCGCCAAAGCAGAAGGACUCAACGUGGACAUGGUCGUGAUUGGAGACGACUUGGCAAUCCCUGGUGCAGUAAGCUGACUGGACAAGUGUUUGACAUGGACCUCUAGACGCCAAGGCGGGCCAUCGCGGGUUGGCAGGCACGGUCUUUGUGCACAAGAUUGCUGGAGCCAUGGCCGCUCAAGGGUUCCCAUUGGCCAAAAUUGCAGAGCAACUGCAGCAACUUGUCAUUGGAACGAUGGGCGUGGCGUGGAACUCGUGCACACUGCCAGGUCAAAGCUCCAGUCGCCAUAUUCAACCGCACGAGAUGGAGAUCGGGCUAGGAAUCCACGGCGAGCCUGGCGCGAGGACCGUUAACCAGCUCCAGUCUCGAGCCACCGUGGCAGAAUUGCUGACGACCGUACAAAAAGGCCUGGACAUCACUCG